UAUCGCUACCUUGAUUUUAUUAGGUAUAAUUUGGGAUUUACAUUUCGCAAUGAAAUCGACAGUUCUUCAAUUUAUAUUGGUGCUGAUAAGUGGAAACAUUAUUUUAGUUAUUGCUCAAGAUCCUUGUUCGACUUCUGUGUAUACUGAGCUUGGAGAUUUGGCGAAAAGAAACCCCUCUUAUGUCCAGGACUCCGUCCCGCUCUGUGACCGAUAUAUUGUACAGAAGUGGUAUAGGGCCAGCUACCACAAAAUGCCAACCUCUGCACCCACACUGGGAAUGUGUGGAACACUAUAUCCUUAUUGGAUGAAUGGUUCACCGCCACAAUCAGGAGAAACGAAAGCAGUGACAGUUUGUCAAGUUGGAUUCAGUGGUAGCUGUUCAAAGCAGCACACCAUAAAUGUAAAGAAUUGUGGAAAUUUCUUCGUAUAUGAAUUGACACCUUUGGAUCUGUGCAACUCUGCAUAUUGUUUUGAACCAGGCAGAUCAUGUGUUUCAGAAGUUCCUUCCAGUAUCACGGUAGCUUACCAUAGUGUUUCCUGGACAACUACGACAACUAUAAACAAUGGAAUAAAACAGACUGUCCACGAACCAGAUGUCAAUCUUGUCUGCCAGUUUCAAAGACUAGCAAAUCAGGAUCUUUAUUAUGACAUCACGUGGUACGCUGACAAUACUGAAGUUCUUAGAAAUCAAACCAUCACCUCAAACAUAUCGGAAGUAGCUUUCUUAUCAGGGACGCAAAUGCUAGCUAAGGGCAAAAAGGCCAACUCAAUGAUCCAUUGUGUGGUUGGAGCAAAACUAAGUGCAGGUGACAGUCCUUGUGAGACCGGCACAAGUUCUCUAUUCUAUGCAGGAAUAAAGGUUUUGACACCAAUACUUCGCAUAAAUAGGGGUCAGAGCGCAAAGGUUGAACUACAGUUUACAAUACCAUUUAUAAAUCAAAACGGAAUUGUUUACAUUCCGGGAAACACGGUUAACGACCAACCAGUGCUGUAUAUUCAAAUGGCGGUUCAUAACAGUUCCUCUCCGAUCUGUGACGAUCCAAACAGAAAAGCCUGUGACAAAGAGAUUAAGGCGUAUAAAUACCACGAACGGGACAAAUAUAAUACAGACGAAUGGAAAGGUAUACAUCAAAUUAGUGUUCAAAAUCAGAACGAUGGAAAUUUCAAACUGAUUGACAAACACAUAACGUUGCGUUUCGAAACGGGAUCAACAAAUGGCCUGGGCAGUGAAAUAUGGGCAUCUAUCACAUUACCAGACAUACAGGUUUAUAUAGAGGACAGCAGUUCGGCUUGGAAGGGGAAAAACUGCCAAUCUCAUACAGAUCCACAUAUGAAGACGUUUGAUGGAAAAUACUAUGAAUGCCAGUUGGAUGGGACUUUCAUAUUGUACAGAAACGAGAUAUUCCAACAAGAGGUACAAGAAAAACACCAUAUGUGUCAUCCAGACUAUUCCUACCCAAGAUGCACUUGUGCGGUUGCUGUGAGGUCAGGAAAAGACGUUUUUAUUGUAGAUAUAUGCAGCACCCAAACGGUCAUCAAUUUUCCUUCUUGUGAGGAUAAAGUUUUAAAAGUCAUCAAAGCAACUGAUAAACUCUAUAAGGUCAUUUUCCCAACAGGCACAUUAGUUGAAAUUAAAUUUACCUCUUGGCCAAAUUGGAAUGAUUGGCAUUUAAAUAUCGAUAUUUACCCGUCGCCCUCUGAUGUUGGGAAUUCUAGUGGUCUGUGUGGAAUCCUUGAUAACGAUGAUACAAAUGACUUUACCUGGAACAAUGCUGAUAAAACCGUGGACAACCACAAUCCCCCUAACGAAUUCUCUAAAUCGUGGAGGGUUGAAAAUGAUGAGGCAGACCUCUUUGACAACAAGGUAUAUGACAGUCUAAAGUCCAUAACAACAGUCUACGACCGUACUUGUACCUGUAAAAGGAAUGCCAAUAAUCCACACGAUGGGGACAUCAUCUGUAGUUACGGCAAUUACAAGAACUGCAAGUUCGCUGUUGGAAAAAGGUACUACUGUAUCUUAAAUCCAGAAGGCCAGUUAAGGAGAAAAAGGGACCUUCGUCAUUUGCAGUCGCUGUCAGCUACUGAUCCUAGAGAAAAGGAAAUUCAUGCAAAGAGUCGAAUGAAGAGACAGACGAAUACUUAUGUGAUGUCUUUUGAAAAUGCGACGACCAUAUGCAAUGAAGCAUUCGAAGCAUCUGCAUCGUAUCUCAUGUGUCAGGAACACGUCAGUGAUCUCUCCAAUACCUCGCUAAUUAACUGCGUGUCUGAUGUCAUGAUGACUGGUGACGUUAACAUCACAAAGAUUCACAUAGAGGCGGCACUGGAGCAAUGCUCAACAUUCGUCGUACUAAACGCCACUUUCCAGGAAACGGAACCGGAAAUAACGUACAGAAUUGAGAGUCUUUGUGAAAACAACUGUAGCGGAAAUGGUGUAUGUAAUUCUGGUAACUGUACCUGUAAUAUCGGGUAUGUCGGUAGCGACUGUUCCUUUGACCUGUCUGGUCCACCCUCUAUAACACACAUCUCUGAUUUUGGAUUUUGUGACAAGACUUCUGAAGCCUGCGAGGAAAUCACUCUGUAUGGGAAGUACUUCCUGGAAAAUAUGAACACCACGUGUUACAUGAGGAGGAAAAUGCUUGCAGAAGAUGGUUCAGUUUUAUCAGAAAUAAACUAUGAAUCCAGUCUUCAAGAAAGAACACUAUUUGAGGGGUACUGUCCCCUUGACUACAAUACAGAUGAGCACUGGGUCAGUGAAUUCAGAUUUAACGUAUCGAACGACGGCAGUAGAUACACAGAGAACUAUAGCGUCUAUACCUAUCAAUCUCUCUGUCAAGAACUGAAAAAUGAUACAGGGAACAUCACAUUUAUAUUUAAGGAUGGUUAUUGCUACAUUAACAAUACCUGUGUGGCUGCUGGAGAUACAAAUAAGGACAAUCUGUGUGAUAUAUGUGACACGGCGAGCAAUAAAUACCAAUGGUCAUUCAACGCAGGACACUGUUUUAUUGAUGGGAAGUGCUCCACGAGAGGAGCAAUCAAUGGUACAAACCCUUGCAGUGUGUGUAAUCCAUCUAUCAACAUAACAUCCUGGUCUUCUAAUCCAGGAUUCUGUUUCAUUGACAACAUAUGUUACUCUGAUGGCCAAGUCAAUCCAAACAAAAGCUGUGAUAUCUGCCAGUCAAAUAUCUCAAGAAGUGACUGGAUAUUUAAUGAAGAAUAUUGUUUCAUCGAUGGAUUAUGUGUCAAGGACGGUGAUGCAGAUGCUAAAAUGGAAUGUAAAGUAUGUAACUCCAGUAUCAGUACAACACAAUGGCAGUUAAAGAAAGAUUAUUGUCUUAUUAACGAUGGAUGUUUUGUGGAUGGAGGCACAAAUUCUUCAUAUCUCUGCCAUCAUUGUAACGUAACUACCAAUCAACUUUCCUGGAGUAAAAACCCAGAAUACUGUGAAAUCAAUAACCGGUGUUUGGCAAAUGGACAGAAGAAUGUUACCAAUGACUGUUAUUACUGCAAUACAUCUUUGGGACAGAGUAUAUGGUCUUUUAGUCCAGAAUGCACAACAACAUCAAUGGUACAAACAACAACCAUACAAUUAACAACUGCAUCAGAAUCUACAACUACCCUAAAUCAACAAGUACAGCUGCACAAACAACACCAGAAGAAAGUACAGCUGCACCAACAACAACAACAACAACAGUACAAACAACUAGUACAGCUGUACCCACAACAACAAAACAAAAACAGACAACAAGUACAGCUGCAACCACAACAAACAAGUACAGCAGCACCCACAACAACAACAACUGAACAAACAACUAGUUCAGCAGCACCCACAACAACAACAACAAUACAAACAACUAGUACAGCUGCACCCACAACAACAACAACAGAACAAACGACCAAUACAGCAGCACCCACAACAACAACAACUGAACAAACAACUAGUAUAGCUGUACCCACAACAACAACAAGUUCAGCUGCACCCACAACAGCAACACCAGAACAGACAACUAGUACAGUUGCACCCAUAACAACAACAAGUACAGCUGUACCCACCACAACAACAACAAGUACAGCUUCACCCACAACAACAACACCAGAGCAAACAACUAGUACAGCUGUACCCACAACAACAACACAAGAACAGACAAGUACAGCUGCACCCACAACAACAAGUACAGCUGCACCCACAACAACAACAAAUGAAGAAACAACUAGUACAGCUGCACCCACAACAACAACACCAGAACAAACAACUAGUACAGCUGCACCCACAACAACAAGUUCAGCUGCAUCCACAACAACAACAACUGAACAAACAAUUAGUACAGCUGCACCCAUAACAACAACACCAGAACAAACAUCUAGUACAGCUGCACCCACAACAACAACUAGUACAGCGGCACCCACAACAACAGCUAGUGCAGCUGCACCCACAACAACAACAGAACAAACAACUAGUACAGCUGCACUCACAACAACAGUUCAAUUAACAAGUACAGCUGCACCCACAACAAAAGUUCAAUUAACAAGUACAGCUGCACCCACAACAACAACACAAGAACAAACAACUAGUACAGCUGCACCAACAAUAAAAACAAGUACAACUGAAGAGAAUCCAGUGAGCAGUAAAUCCAUGACAACAACUCAGGACAGAACAACAGCCUCUUCUUGUGUUGAAUUGAAUAUUGAGAGUAUAACAGUAACUUACUCCAACAUCUCUUGGAACACUUCAAUCCAAACAGAAGGAAAAACAAAGCAGAUCAUACACAACCCGUCAGUGAAUCUAAAAUGUAAUUUUGUCUCUUCCCCUAACAACCAAGUCUUCUACAAAGUGGAGUGGUAUGUUAAUAAUCACACACUCGUCAAAUCAGAGGUUCUACAAGGAUCGCCUGACAAAUAUUCUACAUUAUCAUUACAGGAUUUGAUAUCCUUCAACAGAAAUUCUGGAGUUGAGAUACUCUGCAAGGUUGGUGCUACAAUGGAUCAGCUUAUUGCUCCAUGCAAAAUGUCAGAAAGUAAUUUAUUCUUCGCGGGGAUAAUGAUGAUUGACACUAAAAUUAGUCUUCCCAGGAAAGGCAAGGCUCAAAUUGGUUUUUAUCUGACUGUUCCGUUUGUGACUCCAACAGUCAUGGUAAAUGAUACCGUUAAGGCGCUCAGCUCCUUGAGGAUUCACAGUAACAUUCCUAUGUCAGAAAAUGGUUGUAAAGGUUCAAUAGGUGUUGAUCACUGUACUCUUGAAAUCAAUGCUUAUUCCUAUGACGAAAAGAGAAAGUAUAACUCAGAUGAAUGGCGAAAAAUGCACAACAUUACGGUAUAUCAUAUUGACUCAGAUGGAUAUUACAUCGACAAAACAGCUACACUUCACUUGAGAACAAGUGAAAAUGAAGAUGGAUUUUUCCAUAAUAUGUCUCUAGACAAUAUGUCGAUUGAAAUUUUUGAAGACGACGACAUGUGGAAGGGAAAAUCUUGCGGUUCAAAAACUGAUCCUCAUUUAUAUACAUUUGAUGGAGUGGCAUUUGAUAGCCAUAUUGCAGGGGAGUUUAUCCUGUACCGUAAUUUGAAAUACAAUCAAGAGAUUCAAACUCGUCACGAGAAAUGCCACGUAAAUUACCCUUUCCCGCAGUGCACGUGUGCUGUUUCCGUGCAGUCAGGAAAUGACGUGUUCUUGAUUGACAUUUGUGAAAACAACAAUUUUAUGGACUUUCUUAGAUGUCAAGAUAACGUUAUUGAAGUAUACAGAAUUACGGAUAAAAACUAUAAGGUACUACUCCCCACUGGAACCUCUGUGACCAUAUCAUUGGUGGAAUGGCCCGUUGAAGGAUCAUGGCAGAUAGACCUAGAUAUCUACCCGUCUUUGGCUGACUUUAACAACACUGAGGGUCUCUGUGGAACGUUAGAUGGCGAUAGACAAAACGAGUUUACGAACAAAAGCGGAAGCAGACUGAGCUUGGAAUUUCCUGAUGAGUUUUCUAGAUCCUGGAUCGUCCAGAACCACGAAAACCUCUUAAACAGUGUACCAUUAGAUCGCCCGCAAAUAUCCAAAACUCUUGAUAAAAUUUGUUCUUGUCCUGUCAACGGGGAACAGUGUUCUUAUCACACAUUCUCAGAAUGUUCGAAACCUAAAGGAAAACAGUUCCAUUGCUCUCAAACAAUGGGCCAGGUGCAACCAACACGUAGAAAGAGGGCUGUUCAUCUGAACAGUAACCCGGAAUAUUCUGUUCAAGGAAGUAUUGCCGUUGGUCGACAAAAGCGGGAUCAAACAAUUUACGUCUCAAACCAGACCAUAGCUGAGAGUGUCUGUAAAUCUGCGUUUAUAAAUUCAGCUCCAUUCCAGACAUGUGAGCAGUAUGUCAGUGACAUGACCAAUGCCUCGCUGUCGAACUGCAUCAUGGACGUCAGAUUGACUGGAGAUGUAAACAUAACAGUGAUCCAUAUUGAAGCUGCCCUUCAGCAGUGCAUUAACUUUCUAGACCUGAACACCACACUAAAGACAGAGCAGCCUGAUGUCACGUAUCAACUUCAGUCGCUGUGUUCAAAUAAUUGUAGUGGUCAUGGAGUCUGCAACGAAGGUAACUGCACGUGUGAUUCUGGGUUUGGAGGAAAUGACUGCUCUUUCAAUGUCAGAGCACCCCCCUCAAUUCUUAACACUGCACCAAAUAGAACUUGCGAUUUAUCUUCACGGACCUGUUCCGAAGUUCUCCUAGAGGGCAGAUACUUCCUUGAGGAUAUUAAGAAAACGUGCUUUAUUACAAGAGAGUUGGUGCAUCAUAACAACACAAUCAUGCAUAUCACUGACAUUGAAGAACCUCUAGAUGACCGAACGUUAUUUCAAGGAGCGUGCCCUUUGCCUGAGGACAGUAGGGUGACUUGGAUUACCAAGUUUACAUUCAAAAUCUCCUACGAUAGAAAUCAAUUCUCCCCGUCUUACUCGAUAUACAAAUAUCAGUCAAAAUGCCAGCAGAUUUCUAAUGUCAACGGUGCUGAACAGUUCAACCUUAAGGCAGAGUAUUGUUUUAUUGACAAUACGUGCGUAAGACAUGGAGCUUUCAAACCAGGAAAUAGCUGUGAGGUUUGCAAUCCUUCAAGUCAAAAGUUCGAUUGGUCAUUGAAUAAAGAUUGUAUUUCAACCACGUUGACGCCAACAAGCAAGGAUCCAUUUACCAGUCUUGCUUUCAUUAUCACUGUUUCUGCAGCUUCUUCAGUUGUUCUUGUGACUUUACUUGUUGCCGUUCUUGUCUGGUGGUGUCGAUCGCCUACUAAACGUCACUUCAAUGAUGAUGACUCAACAAGAGACUUGAAUGUCCCUAGAUGGAGAAGGCACUUUGACGACGGAGAAAAAUUCCAAAAGUUUUACAUUCCAAGAGGUCGGCGACACUCGGGUCAACAAAAUUACAGGAAUCAAGAAAGCAGUUAUUAGUGCUGGGCUGACAUCGAACAGUUUUGGAGGGUUACUGAAUAGUUGUAUUUCAAAUAUUUAACAUAUCAACCGACAUUUUUUUAAGUUUAAUUUAUAACAAAGUGAAGAUCCGUUUUGAAAUAUGUUCUUGGAAUGAAAUAUUAUUGUAGCUAUACAUGACAUCCUAUUGUAGGUUUUAGAAAAAAAAAAUUGAGGCAAACUCGGAAAGAGUAGAGUAAGGAAUACCUGUACAUUACAACUUGUAAAAAAUACAUAGACUGACUACACAAAACAUUACAUGCUGUGAUUUUAUUUUUAUUAACUAUUUCUUGCUCAAUCUUUUGGAUGUAUUUUCUGAUGAAUUUACGAUAUGUAUAUUUUAAAAGAACAUUUAAAGGGCUUUGUAAAAUUUAUAUUUCUUAGCAUUUCAUGAAACCUUCAGGAUAAUCGAAGAUAUAAUGCUACUUGUAAUUGAAAUCCAAUUUGUCAUUUUCACUCCUAAAAUUUGUCGUUUUAUUAUUUCAUUACAUUUUUCGAAAUAAAUAGCGUCACCAUGAAUGGUUAUUUUAAAGACUGCUCGUAUUACGCUUACGAGAACCAAGUAAGCUUUUUUCAUCGAAGAAUAUGCAGCCCCCAUAUGUCUGUUCUGUUUAUUCAUUUAAAAUUAUAAGAUGUCCUGAACCAAAGGGCGAAUAUUCAACCACCCUUGUACUAGAGACAGGCUUGCACAUUAACGUAAGCAACCUUUUUAUUAUUUUUAGUUAAUGGACUAUUAU